GUUUUGGAAGCGGGCGCCGGAAACAUGUGAUCCCGGAAGUUCCGGUGUUGUUUAUAAGGGGGGAAUAAACAGGAAUGGCGGAGGCAGCGGCGGCGCCUGCUCUUCUCACAUCAGCAGCUUCUGCAGGGAAGGCCCCGCUGCCCGCGUUCCCGGAGAAUCCCCCCGUGGGUGUCUGGACUCGGCACGUCACCUGCAGAUAUUUCAUACACGGCGUUUGCAAGGAAGGAAUCAAUUGUCGUUAUUCGCACGAUCUCACCACCAGCCGAUCCGCCAUGAUCUGCCGAUAUUUCCAGCGAGGCUGCUGUGCGUACGGAGACCGGUGCAGGUACGAACACAACAAGCCGCUUCAGGAAGAUCCGACUGGAGACACUUGUACUGCGCCGAGCGAGUCCCUCCCGGAACCAAGCGGCGACAUUAACAGUAAGGCGGCUGAACUGGCAGCUAGUGAACUGGCAUCUGGGGGUCCACGAGCUCAAGACUGGGUGAAUGCCGUGGAGUUUGUUCCGGGGCAACUCUACAGUGGACGUGCCCCAGAAGCUUACACUCAGGGAACUGUGAAACCAGACGAGGGCAGGGAGGAGCCUGCUGACCCGGAGCUAAAGAAACAACUGUGCCCGUACGCGGCCAUGGGGGAGUGUCGUUAUGGGGAGAACUGCGUCUAUCUGCACGGGGAUCCAUGUGAUAUGUGUGGCCUUCAGGUGCUCCAUCCCGUGGACACAUGUCAGAGAUCACAGCACAUAAAGUCUUGUAUUGAGGCUCAUGAGAAGGACAUGGAGCUCUCGUUUGCGGUCCAGCGGAGUAAAGACAUUGUGUGUGGGAUCUGCAUGGAAGUGGUGUAUGAAAAGACCAAUCCCAGCGAGAGGAGAUUCGGCAUCUUGUCCAACUGCAGCCACUCGUACUGUCUGAAAUGUAUCCGCAAGUGGAGAAGCGCCAAACAGUUCGAAAGCAAAAUCAUAAAGUCUUGCCCAGAAUGUCGUAUAACUUCAAACUUCAUCAUUCCCAGUGAAUAUUGGGUAGAGGAGAAGGAGGAGAAACACAAACUCAUUCACAAGUACAAAGAGGCCAUGAGUAGUAAAUCCUGCAGAUAUUUCGAUGAAGGCCGCGGGACCUGCCCAUUCGGGGGCAAUUGCUUUUACAGACACGCUUACCCCGAUGGCCGAAUUGAGGAGCCGCAGCCUCGGCAAAAAAGUGGAAUGUCCAGCAGAUACCGGUCCCAGCGCAGGAAUCGAUUUUGGGAGUUUGACGAGCGAGAGGGCGGAGACCCGUUUGAGAACGAGGAAGACGAAGUUGUGACGUUUGAACUGGGGGAGAUGCUGCUCAUGUUGUUGGCCGCGGGGGGGGCGGCCGAGGAGCUGACGGACUCGGAGGACGAUUGGGACUUUCAUGACGACUCGGAGGAUUUUUAUGACUUGGACUUGUUGUGACUUGUCGGAGGAGUUGGACUGUCGGUGGGACAGUAGCUUUUUCCUGUGGUGUUUGGCAGUGCCCCCGAGGCAGGCCUAUCCCUUCCAGGUGCUCUUGUAUUUAUCCUUUUUAUCCUCUUGUCUAGUUACCCCCCUCCCCCGAGUGUGUGUUUCUGUUUCAAGAAAAAAUAAAUUUGAAAAAACAAAAAAUCAGCACAAAACAAAGUAACAUUAAAAAAAAAAAAAAAAACCA